GUGCUCCUAGUAAUGCCGCCGGCGUACUGGCAGGACCUCCGGGAGCUCGCCCGCAAGCAGCAGUCGGCUGCGCCGGCGGACGCGGCCGCCGCGGCGGUGCCGGCAGCGGUGCCGGCAGGGGCGCCGGCAGGGGCGCCACUAGCGCAUUGCGCCUUCUCCUUCGACCGCACGCCUUUUGUCCGUAUGCACGAGGCGCUGCUGCGGGCAGCGCUGCAGCCGCAGCAGCUGCGGCCGCCGCCGCCGCCCCCGCAGGAGCUUGAUACGGACACGGCGUCCCGUCAGGCGGGUCUACCCGUCUUCCCAGACGAAUUGUUUCCUGCGGUUCCGCCGCCGCCGCCGCAGCAGCAGCAGGACGUGGAGGAGGUGGAGGUUGGCACUCCUGACGCAGCCGCCGACGAGGAGCUGGCGGAGGUGGCGGCUCAGCUGAGGCUGAUGGGCGGUACGGCACUGAAUCCGGAGCAACGGCUUGCGCACCGGCAAGACCGUAACGCUCAAAUCCUGAAGGCAGCAGAGCUUCCCCAGCUCGCGCCCUUGAUGUUCCGGCCCAGCUCCGGAAGCAGCAAUGGCGGGGCCGGGCCCGGGGGCACCAGCCGCCAGCAGCAUUCCUUCCCUUUUUACCCCUCCGCCACCACCGCCGCCGCUGGCCGCUCCGCCAAGCUUCUACUGGCGGCUCCGCAGAACUACAGCGCCGAUCUAAUCACGAGUAGCCUGGCGCGUGUGGUUGAGGCUAAGGCUGCCGUACUGCCGUACUGCCUCAUCGAUGAGGCGACCGCCGCAUUUCGGCUGCCGACCCCUCAGGAACUCGAUCGUGCACAGGUGGUCGUUUGCAGCUGCAGCGCCGCGGGAAUAUUGCAUGAGAGCUCCGCCCUCCUGCAGCCCCUGAGAUCAAUUCAGCAGCAGCAACAACCGAAGGCUGCACGGAAGGCAUCCGCGUCCUCAUCUGCUAACGGCAAUGCUGGCGGCGGCGGCGGCGGCAAUAGCAGUAGCAUCAAUGGCAGUAGCGCCGUCCUGUUCAGCCAUGUGCUGGUGGACGAGGCCGGCCAGGUGCUUUCCUGGCCGCGGAGGGCUCUGGGAGGGCAGAGUGGGACGGGGUUAGGAUGGGAAAUGGAGAGGGGCCUCCUGGCGAAUGUCAUUUACGGCUUUUCAAAACUUGACUGGAUUAUGUUCCCCGUCCGUCUGUCCAGUGAAAGAAAUAAAAUAUAA